AUGAAGUUUGCCUAUCUUUUUGCUCUCCCAGUGGCCCUUGCGGCUCCCGCCAGCUUUGAUCCUCGCGAGACGCUGGAGCAACUCACGGACCGGUACCUGUUUUCCACAGUCCUCCCCACGUUCCUCCAGUACCGCGCACAGCAGAACCCAAAGACGCUUGAUUGGUCUUCCGAUGGCUGCACCAGCUCGCCUGACAACCCUUUCGGGUUUCCAUUUACCCCGGCCUGCGAGCGCCAUGACUUUGGUUAUCGCAACUACAAGGCGCAGAACCGGUUUGACAGCGACAGCCGGUUCCGCGUCGACAGCAACUUUAGAGACGAUAUGUACUAUCAGUGCGAAGGCGUUUCAGCCAAGGGAUCCUGCCAUAGUCUUGCCAACGUCUACUAUUAUGCCGUACGCAUGUUUGGCGGCUUCGCUAAACGCGACGAGAGUGCCCCCGAGGGCGUCGAUGGCGCGGUCAAGGAGUCCGCAGAGGAGCUCAUUGCUUCGUACUACAACGCGAUGCAGGAAUAUCGCCAGGCAGUCAAGCAGGACCAGGCUAAUGGCCUCCUUCCACAGCUGCAAAGCCGUUCACCGAUGGCGCAAGCGUAA